CCUCCCUCUGCGCGCUCGCAGCUCUCUUUCAACUGAUCAGCUGUUCCAAUGUUGAUGUGAAAAAUGCAAUGACCUUCAGUGGGCCUCUUGAAGACAUGUUUGGGUACACAGUUCAACAAUAUGAAAAUGAGGAAGGAAAAUGGGUGCUUAUUGGUUCCCCAUUAGUUGGCCAACCUGAGAAAAGAACAGGAGAUGUAUACAAAUGCCCUGUAGGAAGGAGCAGCCAGUCACCCUGCAUAAAACUGAACUUACCAGCUGCUACUUCAGUUCCUAACGUCAUGGAAGUAAAAGAAAACAUGACUCUUGGAACAACCUUAGUGACUAACCCAAAAGGAGGCUUUCUGGCAUGUGGACCACUUUAUGCUUAUAAGUGUGGGCGUUUGCAUUACACAACUGGAGUUUGCUCUAAUGUCAGCUCCACUUUUGAAACUGUCGAGGCCAUUGCUCCAUCUGUGCAAGAGUGUAAGACCCAAUUGGAUAUUGUCAUAGUGCUUGAUGGUUCCAACAGUAUCUAUCCAUGGGAGAGUGUCACAGCCUUCUUAAACAGCCUCCUGAAAAACAUGGAUAUAGGUCCCCAGCAAACACAGGUUGGAAUUGUUCAGUAUGGACAAACUGUAGUCCAUGAAUUUUUCCUUAAUACGUACUCGACAACAGAAGACGUGAUGGCUGCAGCGACAAGAAUAGUCCAGAGAGGUGGUACACAGACUAUGACAGCCCUUGGAAUUGAUACAGCAAGGAAAGAGGCUUUUACUGAGGCUCGCGGAGCGCGAAGAGGAGUACAAAAAGUAAUGGUUAUUGUGACCGACGGGGAGUCGCAUGACAACUACAGGUUAAAAGACGUGAUUGAUAGUUGUGAAGAGGAAAACAUUCAGAGAUUUGCUAUUGCUAUUCUUGGCAGCUAUAGUAGAGGAAAUUUAAGUACAGAGAAAUUUGUGGAGGAAAUAAAAUCAAUUGCCAGUAAGCCCACUGAAAAACAUUUCUUCAAUGUCUCAGAUGAAUUAGCUCUUGGAACUAUUGUUGAAGCACUGGGAGAGAGAAUAUUUGCACUGGAAGCAACAACAGACCAGCAAGCAGCCUCAUUUGAACUGGAAAUGUCUCAGGCUGGUUUCAGUGCUCAUUAUUCUCAGGACUGGGUCAUGCUUGGAGCUGUUGGAGCGUAUGACUGGAAUGGCACAGUGCUCAUGGUGAAGGGCAGUAGUAUUUCAAUGCCAACUAAUAGCACUUUCCGUGACAGACGCUCAGAAAAAAAUGAACCCCUUGCAGCCUAUCUAGGAUAUACUGUGAACUCGGCAUCGACACCUGCAGGUGUCCUGUACAUAGCAGGGCAACCUCGAUACAAUCACACUGGCCAAGUUAUCAUUUAUAAAAUGGAAGGAAGAGAGGUGCAAGUUCUUCAAAGGUUAAAUGGAGAACAAAUUGGAUCAUAUUUUGGGGGUGUUAUUACCACAAUAGACAUCAACAGGGACUCAUUUACAGACCUUCUUCUUGUUGGAGCUCCUAUGUAUAUGGGAACAGAAAAAGAGGAGCAAGGAAAAGUGUAUGUGUAUGCUCUGAACAAGACUAAGUUUGAAUACCAGAUGAGUCUCGAACCUGUAAAGCAAACGUGCUGCUCACCGUUAAAACAUGACACCUGCAAAGUCCUCAAGAAUGAGCCUUGUGGUGCCCGCUUUGGCACUGCCAUCGCUGCAGUAAAGGAUCUCAACCUUGAUGGAUAUAAUGACAUUGUUAUAGGAUCACCCUUGGAGGAUGACCAUCGCGGAGCUGUUUAUAUUUAUCAUGGGAAUGGCAGCACAAUCAGUAAAAAAUACACUCAGCGUAUUGCAUCAGGUGGAGAUGGGGAAAAAGUGAAAUUUUUUGGCCAGUCUGUGCAUGGAGAAAUGGAUUUAAAUGAUGACGGGCUGAUUGAUGUCACUAUCGGAGGCCUUGGUGGUGCUGCCCUCUUCUGGUCUCGUGAUGUGGCUGAAGUAAAUGCUUCAAUGCAAUUUACACCCAAAAGUAUCAAUAUUCAACAGCAAAACUGUCAGAUAAAUAAAAGAAAAACCAUAUGCAUCAAUGCCACAAUUUGUUUUAAAGCCAGACUAAAAUCUAAGGAAGAUCCAUUUGAAUCGGGUCUACAGUAUUGGAUUACUCUCGACUCGCAAAGACAAAUAUCUCGAAGCUUGUUCACAGAGAGCCAUGAGAGGAAAAUGAAAAAAAAUAUUACCAUCAAAGGGUCAGAUUGUAUUAAACAUAACUUCUACAUGUUGGAUAAGCCUGACUUUCAAGACUCUGUAAAGGUUUUGCUGGAAUUUAAUUUAUCUGAUCCAGAGGUUGGACCUGUACUUGAUAGCAACUUGCCAAAUUCAGUGUCUGAAUAUAUUCCUUUCACAAAAGAUUGUGGAGCCAAGAACAAAUGCAUUUCAGAUCUUGUUCUGAAUGUAAAAUCAAGCAUAGCUGGAGACAGCUCUUCUCCAUUUAUUGUGAAGUCACGCAAUGAUAAAUUCUCCAUCCAACUAUCUGUCAAAAAUAAAAAAGACAGUGCCUAUAAUACUAGAGUUUUGGUUUCAUAUUCUCCAAAUAUUAUUUUUGCUGGAAUUGAGGAUAUUCAGAAAGAUAGUUGCGAAUCCAAUCACAACAUCACCUGUAAAGUGGGAUAUCCAUUUCUAAAACCUGCACAAGAGAUUUCCUUCAAAAUAUCAUUCCAGUUCAAUGCAUCUUAUUUACUGGAAAAUGCUACUAUUCAUGUAUAUGCAACAAGUGACAGUGAAGAACCACCUGAGACCUUGGCAGACAACAGAGGACACGUUACAAUUCCAGUGAAAUAUGAAGUAGGAUUGAUAUUUGUAAGUGUUUCCAAAGAGCACCAUGUUAUAAUUGCUGCAAAUGAUACUGUCCCUACUGCUAUUAACACAACUGAGAACAUUGGGGAUGAAGUUACUCUGCAUUAUAGGAUUGAAAAAGGUGAACACUUUCCAAUGCCAAACCUUACACUGCAGAUCUUAUUUCCCAAUGAAACGUCAGUCAAGAACCCACUUCUCUACCUUACUGCAUUGUCAACUUCCAACAAUGCUUUCUGCCAAACUAGUCACCCUAUAGACCCUUUAAAGAUCAGCCCUAGGAGACCAUUUGUCUUGCAAAAAAUAAAAGAACCUAUGAAAGAUACAAUUAUGGACUGUGAUACGUUCGGCUGUGCAUUUAUAAACUGUGCCCUGGUCCCAUCKGACAUUACUCAAGUGAAUGUUUCAUUCAGAGUAUGGAAAGCUACCAUCAUAAAAGCAAGUAUUCACAGCUUAACCCUUGUUGUAAAAGCAUUACUUAGAAGUGAAAAUUCAUCACUGAUUUUGAGAAAAGACCAUGAAAAACUAGAGACCAUGAUUAAGAUUUCUAAAGAGCUGCAACCGGGUUCUGUCCCGUUAUGGGUUAUCCUUCUGAGUGUCUUUGCUGGACUCCUGAUACUUGCACUGCUGAUAUUUGCUUUAUGGAAGGCUGGAUUUUUCAAAAGACCACUUAAGAAGAAAAUGAAGAAAUGAAGAAAAUAAAUAAAUAAAUUCUUUCUCAGGUCUGCCACAAAUAUGUGACUCUAAAAUUACAAACUCAAA